AAUAAAUACUUAAAAUUAAACGUUAUAAAACAAUGGCUAACGAAUUUUAUAAAUAUAUAAGCGUUUAUCGAGUAGCUCAGUGGCGUAGUGGAUUAGCGCCGCGGCCCGUGAUCGUAGUCGUUAAGCAACUUCCGCAAGGGUCGGUCACGGGAUGGGUGACCAAAAAAUUAUUAUCUCGAGCUACUCCGUGCUUCGGAAGGCACGUUAAGCCGUUGGUCCCGGCUGCAUUUGCAGUCGUUAAUACCCUCCAAUCCGCAUUGAGCCCGCGUGGAGGGUUAUGGUCCAUCCUCCUUAACCAUCCAUGAGGAAGGCCUGAGCCCCCGCAGUGGGGACGUAAAAAGGGCUGAUGAUGAUG